UUUCAACUCUCUUCAUCAAAAUGAGGUUCUCACUGUUAUUUGCGUUUGUUAUUGUCGUUGGAAUAUAUAGUUAUAAUUUUUCUGAGGCUAGUGAGCCUGUAUGUUCUAAAUUUGCAUAUGAAGAACAGCUUUUAGAGAAAAUGAUUCGGACUGAAAUUAAGGUAGAAACAAUGGUGAAUGAAAUUAAUAAAACUGAGGAAAAUGUCAUCAGUACAUUAGGCGACAUUAAACAAACAGUUGCUGAUUUGACGGGUAACAUCACUUACGAAAUGUUACAGAAAAGUGACGAGAUAAAAAGGAGAGAAGGAUCCUUCAAGAACUUAUUUGAUGAGACAAGUAAAAACCUCACGAGUGACAUGGAAGCUAAAAGAGAAGAACUUACUCAACUUCAGGAAAAACUUGAACGACCCCCGAUCGCUUUCCAUGCACAUUAUUUGACAGAUUUCGUUCUUGAUACUAGAGAUGAGAUUAUUAUAUUUACGAAAAGUCUGAUUAACGAGGGAACAGGUUACGACACUUCUACUGGGAUUUUUACAGCACCCGUUGGAGGACUGUACCAGUUUAUUGUUCAUACAUGUACUUAUUAUGCAAAAUAUGCACAUAUUGGCCUAGUGUGGGAAGAUAAAGUUAUUGCAGCAGGAUUAAACUAUGAUAAGGAUUAUGACACUUGUAGUACUGUUGGAGCAAUAGUAAGAGUAAGAUCAGGAGAAAAAAUUUGGGUUAAAGUAACAUCGUCAGGUUCUAACCGCCAGCUAUAUCAAGACUCAAAUACGAUGAACACAUUUAGUGGUGUACUUGUCAAUAACUGAAGUAGUAUAAUGAUUCAACUUUUGUAUAUGACAUUAUAUAUUUGAUUUUGUUUUACAAAUAUUCUUACGAUGAUUAUCGUCUGACGAAUAUUUUGAUUAUCAAGUUUAGAAAAGAUAUUAUUUUUCUGUAUUUAUCAUUACACGUAUAUAACUAUAUUAUCGCAUUUUCAAAUAAAUAUGGUAUGUAUACACUUGUACUUAUUUUUUUUUCUUGGCACACAAUAUCAUUAUCAUAUAUAAUAUUCCAGGUUGCAAUUAACUUUUGGAGGAAAAGGGGACAUGUAUAGGUGUCUGCUUGUUGUUGCAAUGACAGAUAAAGUCUCAACAAGAGCGAUCAGUGAUCACGUUUCGCCUCAUGAUGGCCAAUUUCGUGUUGUGACCGGUUUUGUGACAGACAGACAGACAGACGGACAGUGCGCAACAAGACUUGGUACUAAUCAUUCCUGUAAAGUUUGGAUAAAAUUGCACCAGAAGUUUAUGAUAAGUAUUCCAGACAAGCUUUUGUGUAUCUGGCAACACAUAGAAAAAACACCUUUUUAUCAAAGGGCCAUAAAUCGGCCAAAAAUCAUUCAACCGGAGAACCCGUGCAAUAUACGCAAGGACUUGAGCUACAGAUCAAUCCUGUAAAGUUUCAUUCAAAUUGCAUUAGUGGUAUAAGAGAAGUAGUCCGGACAAACUUUAAAAAUAAAAAUUAUUAAAGGGCCAUAACUCUUACAAAAAUCAUUGAACCGGAAAAUGCUGACAAUAUGCACAACUAGACUUGGUACUUAUCAUUCCUGUAAAGUUUGGAUGAAUGUGCACCAGUAGUUUAUGAGGAGUAGUCCGGACAAGUUUUGUGACGGACAGACGGACAAACAGACAGACGGACAGACAGACGACGGAGAAGUGAUCCCUAUAUGUCGCCACUACUCCGUAGAGGCGCCACAAUAAAAACAAAUUUUACAACAAAGAAAAAACUUAUGUAACAAACGUAUAAUAAAGUACAUGCA